AUGGUAUUCCUUCAUCUGUUGAUCUCUCUGCUGUGUAUUCGCCAUGUGCAGGCAAAGGCAGUCUUUGCCCAUUUCAUGGUGACAAAUUCUGCGAACUACACUGCCACAACAUGGGUAGAAGACAUGAAGCUCGCGCAGGAAGCUCAUAUCGAUGCUUUUGCUCUAAAUAUGGCAUUCGACGACCCUGUCAAUUCAGAAGCACUUUCGGCUGCCUUUGCAGCCGCAGAGAGUCUUGGUUUCAAACUCUUCCUCCCCUUCGAUUAUGCGGGUAAUGGGCCCUGGCCACAGGAUACAGUUGUUGGCUAUAUCUACCAAUAUGAUGGCCUUUUCAGCUGGGCUGUUUGGCCUUGGGGCAAUGAAGAUCUGACGACGUAUACUGACGCAUCGUAUAAUCAAACGCUGGAUGGGGCCCCAUAUAUGAUGCCCGCCUCGCCAUGGUUCUUCACUAACCUCCCUGGAUAUAACAAAAACUGGUUGUGGCGGGGCGAUGACCUUUGGUACAAUCGCUGGCAACAGAUAAUCUAUUUUCAACCCAUUUUUGUGGAGAUCAUCUCCUGGAAUGACUAUGGCGAAUCCCAUUAUAUCGAACCAUUACGUGACGAUGCUAUGGCAGCCUUCAGUAUCGGACAAGCACCUUAUAACAAUGCCACUGAUAUGCCUCAUGACGGAUGGCGCAAGUUUCUCCCCUUUGUUAUUAAUCUCUACAAAACUGGUACUGCCACCGUGAGCCGCGAAGGCAUUACAACGUGGUAUCGAAAAUCUCCUGCUGCAGCGUGUUCAACUGGUGGCACUUCGGGGAAUACGGCUAGCCAAUUACAACUCGAACUUCCACCAACUGACGUCGCCCAAGAUCGAAUCUUUUUCACUGCACUGCUCAGCUCCCCUGCGAUAGUCACAGUUAGCAUUGCAGGAGUACCCGAGUCACUGACGUGGGAGUAUACUCCAGAUGGUGGAAUAGGUCUAUACCAUGGUAGUAUGCCAAUCGGUACAAGGACCGGACAAGUCAUAGUCACCCUCUCCCGUGGCGGCAAGGCUAUUGCUGAAGUCAUCGGCGCGCCUAUCAGCAAUACUUGCCAGAAUAACAUCCAGAACUGGAAUGCGUGGGUGGGGAGUUCAUUCUCUUCAGAUAAGAUCUCAGCCACCCCAGCGCUGAAUAUCGCAGACCAAAAGUGUAUCAAAGGCACGGGCUCCUACAAUUUUGAGGGCCUUUGUAACUUCGCGUGCUCUCUUGGAUACUGCCCCAUUAGCGCCUGUACGUGUCAGGCAAUGGGAAAACCACCCUCGCUGCCCGCUGCUAGUGAGAUCCGCGGCUAUCCUAUUGCUGGAGAGGAUGCUAGCUAUAUCGGUUUGUGCAGCUUUGACUGUACGUACGGAUACUGCCCGGACACAGCCUGUGGAACCGUCUCGGCCCCACUGUCGACUCCCACGGUAUCUGAUUUCAGUCCACCUAGUUGUAUCAGCGGCUCAGGAGAAGGGAACCUCGCCGGUCUUUGCAAUUUUGCUUGUCAAUAUGGUUUCUGUCCAAUGAAUGCAUGCUCCUGCCAUGCAACGGGCCCUCUGGUUCUGCCACCUCCUGCAGCUGAUGUUGCUGGGCAUGCCGCUAGUGGCAUGGAUGUCACUCGUUAUGAUGACCUGUGUCGCUUUGCGUGUAGCCGAGGGUACUGUCCUACUGCUGCUUGCGCCACAUUGCCUGCUGCGACUGCCCAUCCCACCACUCUUGCGACGAUGCCAAUAAUCACGGCAACUGGGAGCCUCCCGACGCCGUCAUUCGACUCCAGCUGGUUUACAGCCUCACGGUCGGGACCCUCCAUGACAAUGCUCAAGGCCUUGAGCCUGUUACACAAACGCGAAGGAGCCGUCCUCAUUAUAGUCCGCUCCGAUAGGUUGAUAUCAGCGUCUGACAAUUCUCGCCGGCCGAAUUUGGCGUCUGGCGUAUAG